AUGAGGUACGACGAAACCCAAGACCCGCAGGAGCACCUUAUGGCUUUCGAGGCUAGGAUGAACCUGGAGGGAGUGGGAGACGAGGUAAGGUGCAGCGCUUUUCCAGUUACUCUGGUGGGACCUGCAAUACGGUGGUUUAAUAGCCUCCCGCAGGGCUCGGUGGCCAGGUUUUCGGACAUUAGCUGCGCUUUUCAAGCCCAGUUUACAACCAGAAUCACAAAGGCAAAGCACCCGAUCAAUCUGCUCGGGGUGACUCAGAGGUCCGGCGAGCCGACCAGAAAGUAUCUAGACCGGUUCAAUGGCGAAUGCUUGGAGAUCGAUGGGCUAACCGAUUCAGUAGCUAGUCUGUGUUUGACGAACGGACUUCUAAACAAGGACUUCAGGAAGCAUCUCACCACGAAACCGGUGUGGACAAUGCAGGAGAUCCAAAGCGUAGCCAGGGAAUAUAUCAACGAUGAAGAGGUCAGUCAGGUUGUGGCUGCCAUCAUGCGGCAGCCCUCCUAUAAUCAACCUCAGCAGCACAGCGGCAGAGAAAGGCAGAAGAAGCACGCCAGAGACAGCGUCCCGAACAAGACAUCCAGGCCGUUCCCUCGAGUUGGAAAGUUCACCAAUUACACCCCCUCACCGUCCCCAUCAUAG